CCCCCUUCCAUCUCCAAAGAUGACCCCUCCGGGGAGGUCGUCGUGAAGGAAGUGAAGUCCAAGGUCAAUAGUACCUUGACCCUGGAGUGCGAGUGCUGGGCCACGCCCCCACCCACCAUCAGCUGGUACAAAGACGGACGGCCCGUGACCCCCAACCAGCGUGUCCACAUCCUUGGUGAAGGACAGCUACUCCAGAUCCAGCCCACGGAGGUCUCGGAUUCUGGGCGAUACGUGUGCAUGGCCACCAAUGUGGUUGGCGAGGAUGACCAGGACUUCAACGUGCUCAUCCAGGUACCCCCCAUGUUCCAGAAGGUGGGAGAUGCCGGUGCAGCCUUUGAGACCCUGUCCCGAGAGGAAGAGGCCCGGGGUGGGGUGACGGAAUACCGGGAGAUCGUGGAGAACAACCCCGCCUACCUGUACUGUGACACCAACGCGGUCCCACCCCCGGAGCUCACCUGGUACAGGGAAGACCAGCCCCUCUCGGCCACAGAUGGGGUGUCUGUUCUGCAAGGAGGCCGGGUCCUGCAGAUCCCCCUGGUGCGUGCGGAAGAUGCCGGGAGGUACUCUUGCAAGGCCUCCAAUGAGGUGGGCGCGGACUGGCUGCACUACCAGCUGCUGGUGCUGACCCCACCUGUGAUCCCGGGUGCCACAGAGGAGCUGGUGGAGGAGGUGACUGUCAACGCCAGCAGCACCGUCAGCCUACAGUGCCCGGCCCUGGGCAACCCUGUGCCCACCAUCUCGUGGCUCCAGAACGGGCUGCCUUUCUCCCCAAGCCCGUGGCUGCAGGUCCUGGAGGACGGGCAAGUGUUGCAGGUGUCCACGGCAGAGGUGGCUGACGCUGCCAGCUACAUGUGUGUGGCCGAGAACCCGGCGGGCUCCGCGGAGAAGCUCUUCACCCUCAGGGUGCAAGUCCCACCACGAAUCGCGGGUCUGAACUCGGAGCAGGUCACCGCCAUCCUCAACAGCAGCGUCUCCUUCCCAUGCGAGGUCCACGCUCACCCGAGCCCUGAAGUCACGUGGUACAAGGACAGCCGGGCCCUCUCCAUGGGAGAAGAAGUCUUCCUCCUGCCUGGCACCCACACACUGCAGCUGGCUCGGACACAGCCGUCGGACUCUGGAAUGUACAUGUGUGAGGCCCUCAAUGCCGCCGGCCGGGACCAAAAGCUGGUGCAGCUUAGCGUGCUGGUUCCCCCAACCUUCAGGCAGGCUUCCAGUGGCCCCCAGGGUGUGGUCCUGGUGAAGGCGGGGGACAAGGCCGUCCUGAGCUGCGAGGCAGACUCACUUCCCGAGCCAACCGUGACCUGGCACAAGGACGGGCAGCCCCUGGCCCUGGCACAGAGGACCCAAGCUCUGCUGGGUGGGCAGAGGCUGGAGAUCCAGGACACCCAGGUGUCGGAUAAAGGUUUAUACAGCUGUAGAGUCAACAAUACAGCCGGGGAGGCCGUGCGGACCUUCACCCUCACGGUCCAGGUGCCCCCAACGUUUGAGAACCCCAAGACGGAGACUGUGAGUCAGGUGGCUGGAAGCCCCCUGGUCCUGAGCUGCGACGUGACUGCAGUCCCUGCACCUAGCGUUACUUGGCUGAAAGACAGAAUGCCUGUUGAAAGCAGUGUGGCACGUGGUGUGGUCUCCCGGGGGGGCCGCCUCCAGCUGAGUCACUUACAGCCAGACCAGGCUGGCACCUACACAUGUGUGGCCGAGAAUGCCCUGGCGGAGGCCCGCAAGGACUUCGUGGUGGCCGUGCUGGGUACGUCUUGGCCCCCCCGGAUCCGGAGCUCGGGCGCCACGCAGGAGCACAGCGUCCUGGAGGGGCAGGGGCUGCGGCUGGACUGCGAGGCUGACGGGCAGCCACCACCCGACGUGGCCUGGCUGAAGGACGGUGGCCCGCUGGGCCAGGGCGCCGGCCCCCACCUCCGGUUCUACCUGGAGGGCAGCUCCCUGGUGCUAAAGGGCCUGAGGGCCUCGGACUCGGGGGCCUACACCUGCGUGGCCCACAACGCGGCCGGUGAGGACGCCAGGCUGCACACCGUGAACGUGCUGGUGCCUCCCACCAUCGAGCAGGGGGCAGAGGGCGCAGGGACCCUGGUGAGCAGGCCUGGGGAGCUGGUGACCAUGGCGUGCCCUGUCCGGGGCUCCCCGCGCAUCCACGUCAGCUGGCUCAAGGAUGGCCUGCCCCUCGCGCUCUCCCAGCGCACCCACCUCCACGGCUUGGGCCGCACCCUCAGGAUUUCCCAGGUGCAGCAGGCAGAUUCCGGCAUCUUCACCUGUGUGGCUUCGAGCCCAGCGGGCGUGGCCGACAGGAACUUUACCUUGCAGUGCCCCCUGUCCUGGAGCCGGUCGAGUUCCAGAAUGACGUGGCGGUGGUCCGUGGCUCCCCGGUGGUCCUCCCCUGUGAAGCCCGGGGCAGCCCCCUGCCCCUCGUUUUGGAUGAAGGAUGGGGAACCCUUUUUGCCCCGGAGCCUGGAACAGGGGCCUGGCCUACAGCUGGAGACAGCGGGAGUUGGCGACUCAGGGAUCUACUCCUGCGUGGCCGUGAGCGAGGCAGGGGAAGCGAGGCGGCAUUUCCGGCUGACGGUGAUGGAUCCCCCCCACAUCGAGGACUCAGGCCAGCCUGCAGAGCUAUUGCUGACCCCCGGCACCCCCUUGGAGCUCCUCUGCGAUGCCCGGGGCACCCCCCAACCCAGCAUCACGUGGCACAAGGAUGGGCAGGCCCUGAACAGGCCGAAGGACAGCAAGAGGGCCGGGCGGGGGCUCCGGGUGGAGGGUGUGCAGGUGGGUGACGCUGGGCUGUACACUUGCCUGGCCCACAGCCCUGCUGGUGAAAUCGAGAAGAGCUUCCGGGUCAGAGUUCAAGCCCCCCCAAAUGUCAUUGGGCCCCAAGGCCCCCGCGGUGUGGUUGGCCUGGCCCCGGGACAGCUGGUUCUAGAGUGCUCGGUGGAGGCAGAUCCCGCACCGGAGAUCGAGUGGCACCGUGAUGGCAUCCUGCUGCAGGCAGAUGCCCACACCCAGUUCCCAGAGCAGGGCAGGUUCCUCCAGCUGCAGGCCCUGAGCACGGCCGACAGUGGCAACUACAGCUGCACAGCCCGCAAUGCUGCAGGCAGCACCAGUGUGGCCUUCCACGUGGAGGUCCACACGGUGCCCACCAUCCGGCCAGGACCACCUGCAGUGAAUGCCUCCGUGAACCAGACGGCUCUGCUGUCCUGCAAGGCAGACGGUGCCCCCCCGCCCCUUGUGAACUGGCGGAAGGAUGGCAUCCCUCUGGAUCCUGAGAGCCCCAGGUUUCAGGUUCUGCCUGAGGGUUCCCUGAGGAUCCAGCCAGUCCUCGCCCAGGAUGCCGGCCACUACCUCUGCCUGGCGUCCAACGCCGCAGGUUCCGAUCGGCAGGGCCGCGACCUCCAGGUCUUCGAGCCUCCAGCCAUCACCCCCGGCCCCUCCAACCUGACCCUGACUGCUGACACCGCCGCCUCACUGCCCUGUGAGGCCAGAGGCUCUCCCAAGCCCCUUGUGGUCUGGUGGAAGGAUGGACAGAAGCUGGACUUCCGCCUGCAGCAGGGAGCCUACCGGCUCCUGCCCUCCAACGCCUUGCUCCUCACAGCCCCCAGCCCUCAGGAUUCAGCCCAGUUUGAGUGUGUGGCGAGCAAUGAACUGGGCGAGGCCCACAGGCUCUACUGGGUGACGGUUCACGUGCCUCCCACCAUUGCCGACGACCAGACAGACUUCACUGUGACCAUGAUGGCGUCCGUGGUCCUCACGUGCCACAGCACAGGGGUGCCAGCCCCAGCUGUGUCCUGGAGCAAAGCAGGCACCCAGCUGGGGUUGCGGGGAAACGGCUACCAUGUGUCACCUUCGGGUGCCCUGGAGAUCAGGCAGGCGCUCCCCAUCCAUGCCAGCAGAUACACCUGCACGGCCCGCAGCUCCGCCGGCGUGGCCCACAAGCACAUGGUCCUCACCGUGCAAGCCUCCCCCGUGGUAAAGCCACUACCCAGUGUGGUCUGGGCGGUGGCAGAGGAGGAGGUGCUGCUGCCCUGCGAGGCCUCGGGCAUCCCCCGGCCGAGCAUCACCUGGCAGAAGGAGGGGCUCACCGUCCCUGCAGGGGUGAGGACCCAGGUCCUAACCAGUGGACAGCUGCGGAUCAUCCAUGUCAGCCCAGAGGAUGCUGGGAACUAUUUCUGCGUCGCCCAGAACAGCGCAGGCAGUGCCCUGGGGAAGACUCGGCUGGUGGUGCAAGUCCCGCCUGUGAUCGAGGCUGGCCUUCCCGACCUGUCCGCCACUGAAGGCUCCCACGCUGUCUUGCCCUGCACGGCCAGCGGCAGUCCUGAGCCCGACAUCACCUGGGAAAAGGACGGCCAGCCUGUGUCUGGAGCUGAGGGGAAGUUCACCAUCCAGCCUUCCGGGGAGCUGCUGGUGAAGAACUCAGAGAGCCAGGACGCUGGCACCUACACCUGCACUGCCGAGAAUGCCGUGGGCCGCGCCCGCCGCCGCAUGCACCUCGCCAUCUUGGCACCGCCUGUCUUCACCAGCCUGCCUGGGGACCGCAGCCUGAACCUUGGGGACAGGCUGUGGCUUCACUGUGCGGCCCGUGGCAGCCCUACGCCCCGAAUAGGCUGGACUGUCAACAACCAACCGGUCACAGAGGGAGUGACCGAGCAGAACGGGGGCAGCACACUGCAGCGGAUGGCAGUCACCAGAGAGGACAGCGGGACCUACGUGUGCUGGGCCGAGAACAGAGUGGACCGAGUGCAGGCGGUCAGCUUCGUCCACGUGAAGGAGGCUCCUGUCCUACAAGGGGAGGCUUUUUCCUACCUGGUGGAACCCGUUGGGGGCAGCGUCCGGCUGGACUGUGUGGUCCGUGGAGAGCCAGCACCCGACAUCCACUGGAUCAAAGAUGGCCUUCUGCUGCAGGGAAGCCGGCUCCGGCACAAGCUGCAGAAUGGCUCGUUGACCAUCCGUAGGACCGAGAAGGACAACGCGGGACGAUACCAGUGCCUGGCGGAGAAUGAGCUGGGCGCGGUGGAGAAAGUGGUGGUCCUUGUGCUGCAGAGUGCCCCGGUGUUCCAGGUGAAGCCCCAAGACGUGACAGUGAGAUCUGGGGAUGCCGUGGCCCUGCGGUGCCAGGCCUCUGGAGAGCCGGUGCCCACGGUGGAGUGGCUGCGAGCGGGCCAGCCCUUGCGGACCAGCCGGCGGCUCAGGACCCUAACGGACGGGAGCCUGUGGCUGGAGCGCGUGGAGGCUGGGGAUGCGGGCGCAUAUGAGUGCGUUGCUCACAACCUCCUGGGCUCUGCCGCAGCUCGGGCCUUCCUGACCGUGAGAGGGGAGCCCCGGGGGAGCCGGGGCAGCAUGACUGGGGUGAUCAAUGGGCAGAAAUUUGGUACGGCUGUCCUCAACACCAGCGUGCAGCAGGAGGCACGUUCUGGGGUCACCACCAUCUGCAGCAGCAUCAGCCACAUCCCUGCGAGUGUGGGGCCUCUGAUGCGGGUGCUUGUGGUCGCCAUCGCCCCCAUCUACUGGGCUCUGGCCAGAGAGAGUGGAGAUGCCCUGAACGGCCACUCCCUGACGGGCGGCCGCUUUCAGCAGGAGUCGCAUGUGGAGUUUGCCACAGGGGAGCUGCUCACAAUGACCCAGGUGGCCCGGGGCCUGGAUCCCGAUGGCUUCCUACUCCUCGACGUGGUGGUCAAUGGCAUCGUCCCCGAGAGCCUGGCGGACGCAGAUCUGCAAGUGCAGGACUUCCAGGAGCAGUACGUGCAGACGGGGCCCGGCCGGCUCUUUGUGGGCUCCACGCAGAGCUUCCUGCAGGACGGCCUCCUGUCGUUCCUGCGCGGCAACCACAGCAUCCGGUACGACGCGGCCCAGGGCCCCCAGCCCCAGCUGGUGCAGCACCUGCGGGCCUCCGCUGUCAGCUCGGCCUUCGACCCCGAGGCCAAGGCCCUGCGCUUCCAGCUCUCCACGGCCCUGCAAGCUGAAGAGAAUGAAGUCGGCUGCCCAGAGGGCUUUGAGCUGGACACCCAGGGAGAGUUUUGCGUGGGUGAGCACGCCUCCCCACCCCGGCGGGGACGAGGGAGGCCUCAGCCUGGGAGGGACGGAGGGCUGGAGGGCCCGUGAGCGCAGACCACCGGACCACUCCCCACCCCGCAGACAGGGACGAGUGCUCGCGCAGUCCCAGCCCCUGCGCCCACUCCUGCCGCAACGUGCCCGGCCGCUUCUCUUGCUCCUGCCCAGCUGGCUUCACCCUGGCCGGGGACGAAAGGACCUGCAGAGGUGAGUGGGCCCCAGGUGGAGAGGCUCGUCUUGGACCCGGCCCAGGUGUGCUCAGGGAGAUUCCGGGGCUGGGACCCUGGCCAGGGCGCACAUCCCUCAGGGCACGUGAACCUAGGGGUUCCCAUGCCCUGUUCCCACUGAGAACCUCUUAUUUUGAGGGCCACAGAGGGGAGAGGCUCAAGUACCGGGGGCGAUGGGGAUCUCUAAAGACACGCACGUGGCCGCCACGUGCUCGUGGCACGCACACCCGCUGAGCCUGGACGCGGCCCCAGAAGCUUUCCCAGCCCUCAGCGGGCAUUUCCAGUCCACCGGGCUUGGAAGUGAGCUGAUACCCGUCUGGCCUGCUUGCCCUGCUUGCCCCCAUAAUGAAGCUGCUGGACGAUGAAUCUGACCCUGGGACGCUGUCUGGACUCUGAUCCCACACCCGUGUCCCUCCAUCCCACCCACGGGGCCUGGUGUGGCCAAGUCUCUUCGGGGCACCCAAAGGGCAUUAUCGCAGCCUCACAUCAGAUGCUCCAGGCCAGGGCCUCCGGGCCCCUCAGGGGAGGCUCUGUGUGUCUGGGGGUGCCGAGAUGAUGGACAGAGCUAGCAGGAGGGGCGGGGACCUUCCUGCCAGGGGCUUCUGGGCCUAAGGACAAAGGCUGUGUGGGUAGGCGGGGCCUGGGGACGAGUGUUCCUGCAGCCCCUGCCCCCGUG